AAAAAAAUGCAGAAGUUUUCUUCUUGAUCUGCCUCUUGACUCACUGAAAAACCCUACACACAGACAGAAGGCAUAUAGAGAGAGUGAGAGAGAGAGACAAAACAUGGGGAAGAGAGAGAAACAAGAAGAUCUACUCAAAACCCUAGAAGACUUCACCAGCAAAGAGAACUGGGAUGAGUUCUUCACCAUCAGAGGCACCGACGACUCCUUCGAGUGGUACGCCGAGUGGCCUCAGCUCAGGGACCAUAUCCUCUCACACCUAUCAACCGAUCAAGCUCCACCACCCGAAGCUGCCAGCGGACCACCACCUCCGCCGGAGGCAGCGUCGGUGCAGAUUCUCGUCCCCGGUUGCGGCAAUUCCCGACUUUCCGAGCACCUAUACGAUGCCGGUUUUCACAACAUCACGAAUAUUGAUUUCUCUAAGGUCGCUAUCUCUGAUAUGCUGCGCCGAAAUGUGCGCUCACGUCCCGGUAUGCGGUGGCGCGUGAUGGAUAUGACCAGUAUGCAAUUCAUGGAUGAGACCUUUGACGCUGUUGUUGACAAGGGAGGAUUGGAUGCUUUGAUGGAGCCAAAGCUUGGGUCUAAACUCGGGAAUCAAUAUUUGUCAGAGGUUAAGAGAGUUUUAAGAGCUGGGGGGAAAUUCAUAUGUCUUACCUUGGCAGAAACUCAUGUUUUAGGUUUGCUGUUUCCCAAGUUUCGGUAUGGGUGGAAAUUGUCUCUUCAUUAUAUACCUCAGAAACCAUCUAAUAAGCCCAGUCUACAAACCUUCAUGGUGAUUGCUGAGAAAGAGAGAUCUACAAUGUUGCACCAGAUAAUAUCAUCAUUCAAUAAUUCUUCUAUUAAUUGUAAUGGCCACCAGGCUCGUGGACUGUACGAAGCACUUGAAAAUGAGAACAGGAUUCGUACAGAAUACUCCAAUGGUUCCGAUAUAUUGUACACACUUGAAGAUCUGCAAUUAGGAGCUAAAGGGGAUCUGUCAGAGCUCAGCCCUGGUCGUCGGACCCAGUUUACUUUGGGUGAACAAGGGGUCUCCCGUUUCUGUUACAGAGCUGUACUUCUUGAUGCUCAACAAAAGUCUGACCCUUUUUCCUAUAAUUGUGGUGUUUUCCUUGUGCCUAAGACUCGGGCUCAUGAAUGGCUCUUCUCUUCGGAAGAAGGGCAAUGGCUGAUAGUUGAGAGGUCAAAGGCAGCUCGGUUAAUAAUGAUUUUCCUAGAUACCAGCCACUCAAAUGCCAGCAUGGAUGAAAUUCAGAAGGACCUAUCUCCUCUAGUUAAACAAUUAGCACCAGCAAAAGAUGACAUUGGAGCUCAAAUUCCGUUUAUGGCAGCAAGCGACGGAAUCAAGCAAAGGAAAAUUGUUAACCAGGUCACAUCUGCCUUGACUGGUCUAAUUGUUGUUGAUGAUGUUGUCUAUGAAGAAGUCGAUAAUGAUUUCAGUCGCCUUUUUCCAUCCAAAGAUUUAAUAUUUCGUCGACUUAUUUUCCAAAGAACAGAGGGCUUGGUGCAAUCUGAAGCUCUGCUAACAGGAGAAGGAUCUCUGAGUAGUACUGGUGAAAUAGAGCAGAAGAAAACCCGCUCAUCCUCCAAAUCCAGAAAAAAAGGAAACCAGAGAAGAAAUGAUUCUCAUGUGUCAGUGAUGGAUGAAUCGACCAAAGAUCUGAAAGUUGAUCACUUCUACUUAGCCAGUUCUUAUCAUACUGGGAUAAUUUCUGGGUUUAUGUUGAUCUCUCCGUAUUUGGAAUGUGCUGCAUCAAAUGGAAGAAUGGUUAAAGCGAUUGUAAUUGGUCUUGGAGCAGGUCUACUUCCUAUGUUUCUCCAUGAAUGCUUGCCCUUUUUACAUAUCGAGGUGGUGGAGUUAGAUUCCAUUGUUUUAGAUCUCUCGAGGAACUACUUUGGUUUCAGAGAAGAUAAACACUUAAAGAUACACAUUACGGAUGGGAUUCAGUUUGUUAGAGAGGUUGCAAAUACUGCAGCAAAUAGAGUGACUGUUGGCCAAGGAAAUGAUGAUGCUCUCUGUGAUGAAAAUGUCCCUUCUUCCAAUGCAAGCUGCAUUAUAUCCCAUGCAGAAGGCAGAGGGAGUAACAGAAUUGACAUACUUAUAGUUGAUGUGGACUCUUCAGAUUCGAGCUCUGGUAUGACCUGCCCUGCUGCAGAUUUCGUGGAAGAGUCUUUUCUAUUGACUGUAAAAAAUUCCCUUUCUGAGCAAGGUCUCUUCGUUAUUAAUUUGGUGUCAAGGUCACCAGCCAUUAAGGAAUUGGUUAUUUCGAGGAUGAAUGCGGUCUUUAGCAACCUUUUUUGCCUUCAGCUUGAGGAAGAUGUCAAUGUAGUUCUUUUUGCUGUUAAUGGGGGGAUUUGCAUAAAGGAGGAUCGUUUUCCUGAAGCUUCUCGUCAGCUCGAGAAACUAUUGAAAUUGAAACACUCUGAGAUGAACCAAAGCAUUAUGGAUGCCACAAAAAAGAUCAAAUGUCUGAAGUAACUUACAGAAGUGGGUAUUUUAUUCUAAAAUAUCUAUACCAGUGACCUUUAUAUAUAUGCUUGAGGAAAAAAGUGGCAUAAUCAGUUACGUAUAGGAAGAAGGGUACCCUGCAGCUGUUACUAGUUUUUAUUCUUUGCUUCCAAGGCAAUGGAGUGGGUUCGCUCCCGUUGUAUGAGGUUGUACUGUAUCUUCUGAUUGGUUGAAGGUGGCAAAUGCCAGAAGUCAUAUAAGAUUUAUACAGUAUAAAGUUUCACUUGUUGAAAGUGAUCAGACAGUUUUGUGAUACCGCGUUAGUUAUUUCGUCAGUUUUUAACGAGUAUACUGUUAUUUGUGACUCCAUCUCACAUUUGCUAGGAAAUUUCUAAUAUGCCCACUUCACUGCUCUCAUAAUGGUUGUUCCUUGCGUCUUGAUUACAUUUUUCACUCCAACUCUGAGCAUGGUUUGUGUACUUUUUGUUGUUUACUGGAAGGGGUUAAGAGUCUUAAGACAUGGACACUAUGUUUAUAAUAAUAUGACAUGUUGAUUUUUCAUCAAUAA